ACAAUUAAGGAGUCUGCGAAAAGCUGCAGCAGCUGCAAGACAUCCAUAACAUAAAUCGUGUCUAGGAAAAUCAAGAUCGUGUUUUACGUAUGUAGCGAACGCUGAAAUUCACUUGCGAGCUAUGGCCAGAUUGUCCAGAUUUGGAUUUUCCAAAACCAGCCAAUAUCCUCACGUCGAGCGGCACUGACAACUCAAUACUGAAAACGUGUAGAUUGCCACCGGAUAAUUGUGAUUUAGCUUAAUUAAGUUCGUGGACGUAUUGUACGUGGCUAAUUGCCAACAUCAUUGAAAAAGAAGACCAGCUCACAAAAAAAACAACACAAAACCCAAUACGACAAAAUAAAAACAAACAAAAUAAAAACAAUUUGCAGUGAAACGCGUUGGAAAUGUGUAAAUAUGUAAUGUGCGUACCCGAGUGAACGACAAUUUACCAAGUGAUAACUGACUUUUUGCCACAAAAGUAACUGCGAUGGAGUAUUUUAUUACUAUUAUUGUGGCGCUCCUCGCAAUUGUCUCGCAGCAACAACACAACUGUGCGGCCAUCGAUGUUUAUUUUCCCAGCACGUCGGUGAAAUUCAAUCUGCCCAUAAACGAGGAGUCGGAAAGUAUCUUCUCCAAGAUUCCGCUGGCCCAGUUCCAAGUGCUGCGAAUGGAUAGCAACCGGUUGGCCACCGAUUACCUUUAUAGUUUGGAGGAUAACUCCCUGCUCCGGAUAAACAGUUCCUCGGGGGAGAUAUAUAUGCGGACCGAUUACAGUGCUCCCAAUUCGAGUACCAAGUAUGUGGUGACCGCUUUUCCCAGGGAUCAACCAGAUCACGAACUUCUGCCCGUAACCCAUCUCACGAUCGAGAUAACUCCACAAUCCCUGGAGGAUUACUGCUCCGAACUGGAGCACAUUUGCUUUUGGAGUAGUGCCCAGUACAACAUAGCCGAGUCCCAGGGUCAAUAUAAAAGGAGAAACUCCUUUGAACCCGUUCUCAUUGGAGCUCUCAAUUCCCGUGCUGCCAAGUACCUGUGUCCUCAUGUCUCCCUGGAUUAUUCCCUCAACGCCGGCAGUUCGCAAUUCGUUCUGAAGCAAAAUCGCCUCUACACUCGACAGCCCCUGGAUCACGAUGAAUUCUAUGGAUUGGCAGCCAAAACGGGACAGCUGCUGGUCGAGAUUACCUGCACCGUUAAGCUGUCCACCAGGGAUCUGCGGAAAUUCUCGCGCAGCUUCGACAUCAAGUUGCUGGAUCGCAACGACAACGGACCCAAAUUGCAGGAGAGCGAUGCCACAUUUAAGUUCUACCUGGAUCAGCCCUAUUUUCAAGCGGACGAGGAGGCGGGCAAGAAAAUCAUCUAUGUGGACAAGGAUACAUUAGCGGCAAAUGCAAACUUGGUCUACGCCGUGCAUAACGACUCCAACAAAAUAUUACGACCGGAUUGCCACGCCUACGAGGCGGAUCACACGGGCAGGCCACAUACGAUCGUCAGUUGUCAACUUCGUUUCUCGCGGAAUGGAGUUUUUCGUGAAACUCCCUAUUGCGUUACCCUGGAAGCUCGGGAUUUGACUGUGGAAAGCCAUGUUGAUGCCAUGUCUGCCACAGCCUACAUUUGCUACCACAUAAACCUGAGCAAUCUUCACGAAACCGACCAGGAAUUACCCCAAGCUCUUCCCCUUAGAUCCCGACAACAUCGGAUCUUUGAGAACGAGAAUUUUAAUGAGGAUUCCGGUGGAAGAUCUUUGAGUCCUUUGAGUGUAGAGUAUGAAAAAGAUGUUUCCGUUUACCGAACUGCAGCUUCAUACUAUCGAAUUGUUCAGCCGGGUAGUUUUCUGGAACUGAUGAGAUCGCGAUCCAUACGAUUCGAUUUGGUGGAGGAUAAAAGUGGAGCCUUUGGUAUUACAACCACUUCGGGAAUUGUUUACGUUAAGAAUCCAAAGGCUUUGGAGGAGGCUCCCGAAACCAUAUACUUCCUGAAUGUCACCUGGUCGGAUCAACAGCGUCUUUCGCAUGUUCGGGUGAUAAAUGUGCAUCUGGUGCACGGAAGGCCAGAGAACUCCAGCUGUGAACUGAAGAUCAAGUCGAGAUCCCAAACCUGCGCUCAGGUUAAACUGCAAACGCAGUGCAAUCGAUUUUGUGGCUUGGCCACUGGAGGAGGAUCUUGUGAGUGGCGGGGAUCAAACUCGGCGAUGUUUAGUACAAAGUAUGGGUCCUGUGUGCCCGAGGCUCACUACUGUCCGGAUCAUGUGUGCGAUCCCCUGGAGGAACUGAAUCCCAUGGCCUGUCCCCAGGAUUGUAUUCCAGCGAACAGAAUAAUGGGUCCACAUUCCAGCAAUGAGAAUAAAAAGGGAAUCUACAGUGCCUCGGGAACCUGCAUUUGCGAGGACAAUGGCAAGUGCUCGUGUGCUCCCUUGGAUGAGGAGCCCAAGGUGAAGAAACCGAGAAAGAAAAAGAACGAAACCGAGGCGGAGGCUCUCCUGGAAGGAAGAAGAGCUCCUCCCUCGGAUCAAUCCCUGCAGGAUCCUCUGCUUUUGGGUGUGAUAAACGUGGCUGGUUUCGAGUGCGAUCGCUCCUGCAUGUUCUUCGUGAUCAGUUGCCCCCUGGUGUUUGUGCUCCUGCUCCUCUUCCUGCUGAUUGCCCAAAGGAAGAUGCUCAAGCGUCGCCUGGGCAAACAAUCGGUUACCCCAUCGGAUAAGCAAGCCCUUCCGGAAUUCGGUGACGGAGAUCUCGCCCUGAUGCCGCUGCAAGGUGGCUUCAAGUUCGAAAGCGGCGACGCCAAGUGGGAGUUUCCCAGGGACAAGCUGCAGUUGGACACGGUUCUGGGCGAGGGUGAGUUCGGUCAGGUUCUCAAGGGAUAUGCCACCGAUAUUGCUGGUCUGCCGGGAAUCACCACGGUGGCUGUGAAAACGCUGAAGAAGGGCGCCAAUUCCGUGGAGUACAUGGCCCUGCUGUCGGAAUUUCAACUCCUGCAGGAGGUUUCCCAUCCGAACGUGAUUAAACUUUUGGGGGCCUGCACAUCCUCCGAAGCUCCUCUCCUGAUCAUCGAGUAUGCCCGCUAUGGCUCCCUGAGGAGCUAUCUUCGCCUCAGCCGGAAGAUCGAGUGCGCCGGCGUGGACUUCGCAGAUGGAGUGGAACCAGUCAAUGUGAAGAUGGUGCUCACCUUCGCCUGGCAGAUUUGCAAGGGAAUGGCCUACCUUACGGAACUUAAGUUGGUUCAUCGCGAUUUAGCUGCCAGAAAUGUACUUCUUGCUGAUGGCAAGAUUUGCAAGAUCUCAGAUUUCGGACUGACCCGAGAUGUUUACGAGGAUGAUGCCUAUUUAAAACGAUCCAGAGAUCGUGUGCCAGUUAAGUGGAUGGCUCCGGAAUCUCUAGCAGAUCACGUAUACACCAGCAAAUCGGAUGUUUGGUCCUUUGGCGUUCUCUGCUGGGAACUAAUAACCCUGGGGGCAUCUCCGUAUCCUGGCAUUCCGCCCCAGAAUCUGUGGUCUCUCUUGAAGACAGGCUAUCGAAUGGACAGACCGGAGAAUUGUUCGGAGGCGGUUUAUUCCAUAGUUCGCACCUGCUGGGCAGACGAACCAAAUGCUCGUCCGUCCUUCAAGUUCCUGGCUGCAGAAUUCGAAAAACUGCUAGGCAACAAUGCCAAGUACAUAGAUCUGGAGACGAAUGCCGUUUCGAAUCCACUCUAUUGUGGAGAUGAUUCCGCACUGAUGACCACGGAGUUUGGUGAACCGGAAUCCCUGCAGCAUCUUUGGUCGCCACCGAAAAUCGCCUACGAUAUCCACGACCAGGGAACCAGUUACGAUCAGUCUGAGGAGGAGGUGCCGGUGACCUCGAUGGCUCCGCCGGGUUAUGAUCUGCCACGACCUCUGAUCGAUGCCAAUGCCAAGGAGCAGGUGCUGCGAUACGAAAACGAUUUGCGAUUCCCGCUGAAUAUACGAAAAUCCAGUUGCACUCCGAGCUACAGCAACAUGACCAGCGGUUCUCCGGCGGCCACCGCAUUGCCACACUACUCAGUUCCUGUGAAGCGGGGUCACUCCUACCUGGACAUGACCAACAAGAGCCUCAUUCCCGACAACCUGGACAGCAGGGAGUUCGAGAAGCAUCUCUCCAAAACCAUCUCAUUUCGCUUCUCCAGUCUGCUGAACCUCAAGGAAACGCCAGAAGCGAAUCAAAGUCAGCAAGCCGAGGAUGUCGUCUAGAUUCCUUGAUAGGAUCCCCCCACAUGUGUAUAGUUUUCCCCCCAACACUACUAAGUUCCAAGUUCUUGUCUCUCAUCUGCGCCUGUUCUUCAGUUCAAACUGUUUGUUGAUUAGUUUUAGUUUUACAUUUAGUCUCGAAGCUUUAUGCUGAUGCCAAAAAAAUAGAUUUUAAAAGAUCCGAAUUCCAUUUCAAAUACUCCCAUGCAUUUAAACAAAAAAGGAAACAGCCAAAGACAAACUAAGUUCUUUUGGUCAAACACACCCUCAUUCUAAAAAGCUACAAUUUUUUAAAUACAUUAUAAAUCAUUUUUAAAG